AUGGCUUCGUCGUCGUCAAAAAAGUCGAGCAACUCGCUUACGAUCUCGCUCACGGAGAACACAGUGUUCUUGAGGGGUGUGGAUUUCACGGGCAGGAGGAGGAACCACGAUAAUGAGACGCCGGCGAUCAUUCGCGGGUUGUUGACGCUCGAACUGUCCAAACCGACGCGGAUAUCGAGUAUCGAGGUCGAGUUGCAGGGGAAGACAUCGACGAGCUUGCCUGACUCUGGUGUGGGACCGAGGAGGACGGAAAUCAUCGAGGAGCAUAAAGUUUACUGUGCAUCCCAAGUAUUCUUUCGCGCGACGGCCCCGUCGACGGCCGAGCUCCAACGGCGCGCUCUGUCUGUGGAUCCUGGUCUGCAUCUGUAUCGGGACGAAGACCGCGCGCCGGACUACGCCGACUCCGUACCAUCCUCUGCCACCACCGCCGAGCCUGCACGUGGUCGCGCGCGCAUUAGACGCCAACAGUCUGCCGACUUCUCGAUUCAUCAGGCCGAGUUUGAAAGGCACGAGCAGGUGCAGAGGCCGCCGCUCCAUCACCACGAUUCAAGCGAGUCGUCGUUCCCGACGUCGACGCCAGAUCUUACUCCGCCUGCCAGCCCCAGGAUUGUGGGAGAGCCGUAUGCAAUACACAGUCUGGCCAGUGGAGGAGGGACAUACGAAUAUGAGGCUAGAUCUUGGUCCAGACCGGCAUCUCGGACUCCCUCGCGGACACCUUCGCGUGCACCAUCUCCUUCCCGGUCGCGCGUACGGCCUAUGAUGCCCAUCUCGGGCUCCUCGUCUCUCAAUCAUGUGCCCUCAGACGGUCAACCCUCAACGUCAACCUCCGCUCGUGUCUCUUUCGACGAAGAGACCAAUCCUCAUCCCACCUUCGAGCCCCGCUCGCGAAGCCGCUCCCAAAUCCCGGACAACCAUCUGCACAGUCACUCCAUACCUCCGCCACAUACGCCACCGCACGACGGCACAGAGAGCCCGCGCGAUCGCGGGCGGCAUUCUGCGAGAUUCUCGUUGGCCAACACUAUUCUCGAUGCUGUGAAAGAGCGCGUACGGUCGAACAGUCCUAUCAUCGAACGCGGGAGGUCACAUCAGAAGGGAAGGGACGUCAGUAGCCCAGGAGGGAAGGGCAAGGAGAAGGAGACACCGCUCGAGGCACUGUUUCCCCACUUGCAUCUGCCGAGCGCGAUCAAGCACUCGCCGCUCGUUACUGCAGAUGAAGAUGACGAGGAUAGGAAGGAGUUUGGGAACGGUUGGAGGGAGUUCAAGAAGGGCACAUACACUUUCCCUAUUUCAUUCUCCGUACCGCCCAACAUGCCUCCAACCCUGGCCUGCUUCUACGGAACCGUGAACUGGCGCCUCAAAGCCACCGUCCACCGCCCGGGCGUCCUCACACAGAAGAUGUCCGCCACCAGCGAUGUAACCCUCGUGGCAGCACCCAGCGAAGACGACACAGAAGACACAGAGAACAUCGUCGUCGAGCGUUUCUGGGAUGACCAGAUGCAAUACGUCUUCACGAUCAGCGGACGGAUGUUCACGAUAGGGAACACGGUGCCGAUCGACAUGACGUUCUUGCCGAUGAGCAAGAUGAAGAUCCAUCGGUUGAGCGUGUAUCUUGAGGAGAAGGUCGACUAUUAUGUUCAUCAGCACCGCAUGUCGCGCUCGGACGCGCCUUCUCGACUUGUGCUCCUCGCGCUCAAACAUGAGAAAGACGAGCCUAUUCUUCCAUUGUCGACCGAUGACCCCACAUCGCUCACGCACUCGCCUCUCGCACCCCUUCUCCCCACCGAUCCGUACGCUGCAUCCGAAGCCGCCGCCAAUCUGAUGGGUCCUGGCCCUUGGCGUCUAACAACCGAAGCGCGCAUACCGAAGAACGCGCACCCGACGAACAAGAACAAGAAGGCGAAUAUGGUCGUGGGGCAUACGUUGAAGAUCGUGAUGAGAGUAGAAAGAGGGGACAAUAGUGCGAUUGACCCCAAGACGGGCAAACAGAAGCUGUUCGAGAUCGUGGUACAGACGCCCGUAUACGUGCUCUCUCAUCUGGCGGAUACGAAGUUCACCGCACUCCCGCGAUACUCCGAGUCGUUCGACCGCGACGGUCCUGGUCCAUCAACACGGCGUGUGCACCCAGCGCCUCUCCCAAUGCCGCCUUCGAGUGCCGCGCCUGCUUCAGCCACUACGACAGAAGGAGGCGCAAGCGGACAGACGACGCCACCUGCGUUGGGCGCGGCAGAUCCGGCGGUGUACAACCGAUAUGAAAGGCUGAUUACGGGCCAGGAGAGCGAGAUGGGCGAGGCGCCGCCUGCCUAUAGUGAAGCUCCUCAACAUAGGAAUCACUCGGUUUGA